AUGGGACAGACUGUCACCACCCCCUUGAGCCUCACGCUUGACCACUGGUCGGACGUGAAGGCACGAGCCAACAACGAGGGAGUUGUAGUCAAGAAAAAUGAAUGGAUCACCCUUUGCGAGGCCGAAUGGGUCAUGAUGGAUGAUCCCCCUAAGACCCCUGUCCUUCCCCCGGACCCCAGUACACCUCUUAUUGACCUCCUGACAGAGGACCCACCGCCAUACCCGGGGAAUCGGGCACCAGAGGGACUGGCGGCCCCCGUGGCGGCAUCAGAACCGCCGGCGGCCCCCGAACAUCCUCUACAGAAAGAGCACGACGAACCAGCCAAAGAAUCCAAGGCCUUCCCCCUCCGGCCAUUUUCGGCCUCUGAUCUUUACAACUGGAAACAGCAUAAUCCUCCUUUCUCUAAGGACCCUGUUGCCUUGACUAACCUGAUUGAGUCCAUUUUAGCGACCCACCAGCCCACGUGGGACGACUGUCAGCAGCUGUUGCAGACCCUCCUGACAGUGGAGGAGAAGCAGCGAGUCUUCUUGGAGGCUCGGAAGCAGAUUCCUGGAGACUAUGGAAGACCCACCCAAUUGCCUAAUAUCAUUGAUGCAGCCUUUCCCCUCACCCGCCCGAACUGGGACUUCAUGACCCCAGAAGGUAGGGAGCACCUACGUCUCUAUCGCCAGUUGCUCUUAGCGGGUCUCCGGGGAGCUGCUAGACGCCCUACCAAUUUGGCUCAGGUUAGAAAUGUGAUCCAGGGAAAGGAUGAGAUGCCAGCAGCAUUCUUGGAAAGACUUAAAGAGGCCUAUAGGAUGUAUACCCCGUACGAUCCAGAAGAUCCAGGACAGGCACUGGGCGUCAUCUUGUCUUUCAUCUAUCAGUCAAGUCCAGAUAUAAGGGCCAAGUUACAGAGACUAGAGGGAUUGCAUUCGUUCAGUUUGUCAGAUUUAUUGAGAGAGGCAGAGAAAGUGUUUAAUAAGAGAGAAACUCCCGAAGAGCGGGAGGAGAGGAUGUGGCAGAAACAGGAAGAAAGGGAUAAGAAACGUCAUAGAGAAAUAAGUAAAGUCCUGGUCGCUGUAAUAUCUCAGGGACAGGGCAGAGAGGGAGUUAGGACGGGAGAUCAAAGAAGGAUACUGCUUGACAAAGACCAGUGUGCUUACUGCAAAGAUAGAGGACAUUGGGCUCGUGAUUGCCCAAGGAAACCUCAAGGGUCUUGGAAAACUAAGCCAAGGGCCACGGACCUCCUCAAUCUGGAGGAUUAG